AUGGACCAAAUAGAGGAGAGUGGCGAAGAUUCGCAGGCACCCGAAUCCACAUUCGAGGACGAUCUGGUGCCGAAAGAAAUUACGGACGAAUUUUUCGAGGAGCUUUGCUCGAAAGCUAAUCUGACUGUAAAGGAUCUUCAGGGUAAUGGACAGUAUGGGCUGGCGGAAGACUUCCAGAAACUACUCAUUACCGGUCAAAAUUUGCGACAGCAGCUCAUCGAAGAGCAGGAUCGAAUCGCAAAAAUGCAGGACGAAGUGUCGGCCGCUUCGGGACGAGUGGCACAGGCGAUGCAGCUUUCCCAGCGCGAUCAAGACACCAUCCAGACGCUGAAGUCGGAAAUUCAGGACGCGUGGAAGCGUGCGGAUGCGGCCCAAACGCGUGAACAAAACGUCCAGGAAGCGAUGAAUCAGAUGAGAGAGAAGCUUGAAAAAUUGCAUGCCGAGAGUGAUCGUUACGGGGAUCGAGACGACGAUGUCGGUUCAUCGAUGAACAAACAUAAAGAGGGCAUAAUGCGCGAACGGGAUCGGUUGUAUGUGGAGGUAGAAGAGCUGAACCGUCGUCUGCACACGCAACGCUUGUACAUGGAAGAGCUGGAGCAGAAAUGUUUCGAGUCGGAGACAAAGGUAAAGGAGCUGUACAAGGUGUUGGACGAGACGUCGAACGAAGCGUUUCGGGACAAACGGCAACUGGAGAGCCUGCAAACGCAACACACCGAAGUCACUGCUGAGCUGGCAACCAAAACGGAGGAAGCCAAGCAUUUUAAGGUGCUGGCGGAAUCGAACCACAAGACCACCAUACAGCAGAGCAUGCAGAUGGCGGCGAUACGCACCAACUAUGAGCGCGUUCUGACUACCAACAAUCUGACCCAGGUGAAGCUGGCAAAGUCCCAGGCGGACUAUGACAAUAUGGUACAGCUGAAGGAAAAAGUGACCAACGAGCUUAACACGAAGGUGAACAUUUUGAAGCUGAAGGAAGACGAAAAUAACAAGUUUCGGUUGGAAAAUGCGAAGCUGUUGAAAACGCGAGAGUUGCUGCAGAAGCGCAUACAAACAAUCGAAGCAACAAAGGGAACGCUUGACCAGGAAGUGGCAAAAUUUAAGAAUACGAUCGUGACAUUUGAGAAGGAGCGGGAUGCCUCCAAAAAAUCAUUCGACGUGGCCCGAAAGCAGGUCGAUGCAGUGCUCCGAGAACGAGAUUUGGUACGAAAAGAUCUCGUAAAGGCAAACAAAACAAUUACUGACCAAACGGAGCAGAUGACACUGCUGGACAAGCACCAGAAAACGUUGGAGAACGAAAUCAAGGCACACCAGGCCGCGGCACAAAAACAGCAAACGCUGCUGUUGAAGGUAGAGAAAGAUCGUGACCGGAACGCGGAAGAGGUCCAGAAUCUGUCGGACCGCAUCGAACAACUGAACGAAGAUUUGCUGUACAAGCAGAAUCUAAUUGGGGAGUUGCGCGAAAAGCUGAAAGAAUGCGAGGCCAAACUGUUCCAAUGUCAAAACAUGCUGGAAAUUACACGUGGCGAGCGGAACAUUUUCGAGCGCGAUUUAACGACCUGCAGCAAGGAGACCGAAGGGUUGAAAGAACGGCUGAAAAAUGCGAUCCGCACGGUGGACCAGCUGAAGGAGGAAAAUGCCAACAAGGUGGCAGAGCUGUUCAAGGCGAAUAAAACGAUCGACAAGGUGGAAAAGGAAAAGCAGGCGCUUAAAACCGACGUGCAGAACAUAAGCAUCGCUUUGCAACAUUCGAAAUCCGAGCUGAGCGAAAAGACGAACGAGAACGUGCGGCUCAAUAAGACACUUUCGGACGAUGCGACGAAUAUGACGCGCCUGAAAAAGCAACUCGAAGGUGCCAUCAACGAGAAGGAUCUCGUCAAGGUGCAGCUUACCCAGCGCGUGGAAGAGAUCAACAAUCUGACGGAAAAGCUAAACAUGCUAAACAUGGCAUUAGAUCGCGGUGAAAAUCAGUACCGUGACCGGUUGGACGACAUUCGGCUGCUGAAGAUUGAGAUAAGCAAUCUGCGCUCGCAGCGCAAUCUGUUGACACGCGGCCUCGCCAAUACGGCCGACAUGCGCCAAGAGGUGUUGCAGCUGAACCGUGUGCUGAACCAGGAACGCGUGAAGGCACGUGCACUCGAGGACGAAAUGCUAACACCGAUGAACGUACACCGCUGGCGAAAGCUGAGCGGCAAGGAUCCGGAAAAGAUGGACCUUAUUGUGAAGGUGCAAACGUUGCAGCGCCGCGUACUCUACCAAUCGGUAACGGUGUCCGAGCAGGAGAAAACGCUCCAGCAGUCGGAGAAAAUGUACGAAGCCCUGAAGGACGUGGUUGAAAAGCUGCCCAGCCAUAAGGUCAAGGAACGGCUAUCCGCCACCCAACGGGCGCUCACUGCACGCACAAAGAAACUGAAGGCACUCGCGGCAGAAAUUCGCAUCAAGGAGCUCGACUGCAAAUCGAAAGACUGCACGCUGGAGCAACUGAAACAGGCGCUGCUGGAGACUAAGAAGGAGCUGGUAAAAGAGAAACGUGAAAAAAUAAAGCUCGUCGAGAAUAUUCGUGGCCAUCGGGCGGAUGGGCCGGCCCUUACGGGGACCAGCACGAGCAGUGAUAUCAUCGUAAUUCGUACUACCAGCGAGACUGCCCACACGUCCAGCUACCGGACGCUCGGUUCGGGGUUUAAGGCAAUCUGCUAA